AUGGUUUUUGAAAAUUUUACAGUCAAAAAAAAUCUAUUUUUGAAUAGUAAAAUCAUGCUCAUUUAAAGCUCAUUUGUUUAAUUUAAUAAUGUUACUUCAAGUUAUAAUGAAGGUAAUAUUUUUCUUGGGUAAUCUUAAACAGUUUUAAUAUAAAAAAGCAACUUUAAUGCUAAUAAAGCAUAAAAUGGAGGAGCAAUUUAAUUUUUUGAUAUUCAAACAAAAAUAUAAUUCUAAGAAACUUAAUUUUAACAAAACUCUGCUUUGAGCAGUGGAGGGGCUCUAUAUUUUGAGAAUAUAAUUAAAUGUUAAGUAAUAUUUGAUAGGGCUACAAUUAUUAAAUUCAAUAGAGCCUUGAUUGGAGGAGGAUUAAGGAUUGUUUAGACUGAUUAAAAUAAACUAUAAUUACCUCUUUUCUUCCCAUUUUCGUAUAAUGUGCUUGAAAAUAUAGCAGAAAUAUAUGGAAACGAUAGUGCGUCAUAUCUCUAAAAUAUCAUCAUUAAAAAUAACAAUUAAAUUAAUGAAUAUUCGUUUACAUUUUACAAAAAUUUAAUAAAUGCCCCAAAUAAUUUUUACAAUGAAUAUUAAAGAUAUGCUUAAAUACAAUAAUUUAGAAGUGGAGGUCUUAUUGAUUUCAGAAUAUAUAUUGUUGAUGAGUAAAAUAGAUAUUUAAGCUUCUCAAAAGAAAAGCUAAAAUAAGGCAAUUAUCCAGAAGAUAUAGUCUUUGAGCUUAGAAAUUUAUAAAUUUCAAUAAAUUAACUAGAUUCUAAUAAAAACUUAAUAAAUGGAUAGCAAAUUAUUGAUUUUAAUCAAUAUGAAACUAUAGAUUAAACAUUCUAAUUAAACAAUUUGCAAAUACUAGGACCUCUUAAAUCAGUUCAAUAUUUUUCAAUAAAUUCAACAAUUUAUAGAAAUUCUGUUAAUAAAUUACCAGUUCUUUUAUCAAUAGAAUUCAGAAAAUGCUAAAUCGGGGAGAUAAUUUAAAAUAUAAAUACCUUAUAAAUUUGCAAUCCGUGCUUGAAUGGUACUUAUCAGCUAAGUGAUCCAUAAACACUUUAUCAAUAAUCUUUACAACAAAAGAAAGAUAUUAAUCGAUGCUAUAAUUGUCCUGAAUCUGCAAUUUGGUGUUAAGGAGAUAAUAUAAAAUUAAAAAAUGGAUACUGGAGGAAAAGCAAUUCUACAGAUGAGAUUAUAGCAUGUAAUUCAAUGAUAAACUCAUGUUAAGCUGAAAAUCCUAAUAGCAUUAAUUAUUGCUCAAAUGGUUACAUAGGCCCUAUUUGUGAGUAAUGCGAUAUUUUAGGUGAUGUUUGGAAAGGCUCUCGCUAUUCAUAAUCUCUUUCAAAAGGAAUUUGUCAAAAAUGUGUUGAAGAUUCAAAAUUAUGGAUUUACUAAAUUUUAAAAAUAAUAAUUUUAGAACUUUAUUUUAUAUAUGUUUUAGGAGUUUUCAUCAAAAAAUUUAAAUAUUCACAAACAUGUUACUAUCUUAGAAUAUUAAAGAUCCUCCCUAUCAGCAGUAAUAGCAUAUAGGACUACUCUGGAUUCUAUAUAAAAAUUAUUCUUAACUAUUAUUAAUUAUCUACUCUAUUGAUAGCAUAGCCCAAGAUUAUUUCAAUUCAUUUUAAUUUGUUAAACAACAUAAUUGGUUCUGGUGAUGUGCAAGUUUCGUUAGCAUUAGACUGUCUUAUUAGUGAAAAUACUAUUGAUAAGAUAGGAAGGAUAUUAUUUUAUACUUAAAUUUAAUUUUUGGUUCCUGUAGUAGCACUUGCACUUAUUCCAAUAACUCUACAUUAUUAUAAAGAUUUUACUAAAGAAAAGCUGAGAUCAUACCACAUUUAUUUGCUUUUUCAUAUAGUGUUUAUAUUUUUCUAGAUUAGCUAGAUAUCGUAUUUUACAAAAGCACUUACUUGCAAACAAGUAGGAAAUUAGCUUUACAACCCAAUAGAUUUAUAAAUUGACUGUUAUGACUCUGAUAUAGUUAAAUAUUUAUAUCCUUUCUCUGUGACGGUAUUAAGUUUUUGGACUCUCCUUCCAUUAGUAUUUCUUAGGCUGUUAAAUUUAAGAAAGAAAAAAUUAGAUUAAUGUUUAAAUAAAUAUAAAUAUGGUUAUUACUAUGGAGAACUAAAGCAUAGCCAUUACUAUUGGGAAUUUGUUAGAAUUUACCUAAAGAUUGCUAUAAUUUAUCUCAAAUAUAUACAGAAAUUGCUCAAAUCAUAGUAGACUAUUUCUUCUUUUUUUGCUACUUAUUGA